AUGGUGCAUGGUAAAAAGAAGAAGAAAGAUCUUAUCAUAUCUGAACCAUAUCCAGAAUCUGAGUAUAAUCCUAAUCGUGAUAUUCUUGAUGGAGAUGGCUGGAUUAGCAUUCUUGACCUUCUGGACCCGCUUCAUGGGAAGUUUGGCUUCAGCAAACUUAGGAAGAACUUCCUCCGAAUUGAAAGUAAGUCUAUGCCCAUUCACACGCCAAUUCCAAAACCAGAUCAAGAGAGAUUGGAGAAAAGGGCUGCUUAUGAACAAUCUAAGAAGGAUAUUACCAGGUGGGAACCUUUGGUCAAGAGACACAGAGAGGCACCUACUUUAUAUUUUGAUGAGGAUGUAGACUUGGGGUUUUCAACUGUAGGAGCAAUAGCUUCUGAAUUUGAACCCAGAACUGAUUUGAGAAGAAAAUUGCUUCCUUGGUGA